AUGCCCACCACUCGUCAGAAAAGAAAAGCCAGUGAGCCCCUUCUACCUGGUCUCCCCGAAGAAAAGCGACCUAGGAGUAAGAAGAGUUCGGGUUCUACCCCCAGUCGUAAACCCGCUCCAAAAAAAGGGAAAAAGCGAGAUCCAAAUCUGCCCUAUGUUGCACUUGCAAACGACAUCCUUAGGCAUGGGGAUAGGCUACUCCUUUCUGGACCCCCUGUAGUUGGUCAAAUUCUCGAGCCACCGAGAAUAUGGGGAUCUCGUGACGAGCCAAUAACCGAACCCGACCAGCUGCCUGAAGGAUGGACUCCAAGCGAAACGGAUCUAGCUGACGAUGAUGUCGACGGCCAAAUUACAAGAUGUCUCAGACGCCUCGAUGAGAAUAUCAUGCCUGUCAUUUUCGAGCGCAGAUUGGCAAUGUACCAACAGAUCAAGAAGAAUCAGACAGACAUGAUCAACUCCGAGCCUGACGGUCUUAGCUGGGAAGUUGUUCAGCGCCUUCAUUCUCUAAAGAGGAUCCAAAAGAGUUUCCGUGAGUUGGGAAAUGACAAUGGGAAUACCUCCAACGUGGAAGCCAUCAUGGCUGCCUACCGUUCCGGGGACCUUGUCUGGGAUAGUAAUUCAGUCACUUUCUGGGUACAUGGAAAAUUGAUUGGUGGCCCAAGGAAAUGGAAAAUGGACGAAUUUCUCGCUUUUAGUAGGGAGCAUGGCUCACUUGGUGUCUGGGUAGAAGGAGUGGACAACUACAAACCAGAACCGAUGAACCUGUUCACCACUUUGUCCCCAGCCUUUUCGGGGUACGACUUGCAUAUGUUUGUUAUAUCAAUCCGGAAUCCUACUACUUGGCGAACAAACACCUGGGCCAAUACCAUACACAUCCCUGUUCUUGAGGAUACUGGUGCUUCACAAAUGAAGAUAUUCCAAUCCGAUCGGCUUACCCUUGAAGGCAUGAGUGGCGCUCCCCUGCCUUACACUGGUACAGCAACCUUUAACACAGCAGCUGGUGAUAUCGAGUCGGAUAGUGUAGUAUUGCAUGUCAACUUGGUCCACAAUGGUCAGACUAUGCUCCCCCACUGGAUUACGGUUCGAUCAUCUGUAGGCCGUGAAGAAGGUCACGGCCCUACUCCUCCGAUGGGUUUCCGGCUGUCUGGUAUCUGGGUUCACCAUAUGCUAUAUUGUUUGAGUGCGCCUGAUAACACUGGGAAUAUGUACAUGGGAACUGACCUCAAUGAAAUUGUCUCAACUCUACCCCCUUGCGACCUUGAUCUCGCAAACCCACCAUAUGACAGCCCUGAUCUCGCAAACCCACCAUAUCAAAUUUGA